UCAUCAGACCCAUCAGACCACCACACGUGCUGCUCCUCUUCUUCUUUAUGUGCUUCAUUGGUACCGUUUGGGGGAGCAAGCCCUGCCUGGAGAGUUGGUUAUAACAAGCUGGAGGACCAGGACGUGGAUUUGAUUUCUUUUUUUUAUUCAUUGUUUUGUUUGUUUUACAUAGGAUAAGCUUGUCGGGUGAUCUCCAUGGACGCUCCUCUUCUUUCUCUGUGGAUGUCAUCCGAAUGAGCGUCUUUAAUUCUUUUGUCACUUUAUCAUCUUAAGUGGUGUUGACAAGAAAAAUAGAGAAGAGAGAGGUGGGGGGAGUUUAGUGACGGACAUGGCGAUGGUGGCGUGGAGGAACCCAGAGGAGGGCACGCUCUCCUCCCCGGUGUCGCACGUUGCUCUGCCUGUGCACAUGAACCCACCGCCGGCCUCCCUGGAGAUGCCCCCGGCUGCAGCACCACCCAACACCACCACCACUAUUAACAACAACAAUAGUUCUUCUUCGUCGUCGUCGUCGUCGUCGUCGUCCGACAAGCAGGCGAGCGCGCACAUAGAGUGCAUCGUGUGCGGCGACAAGUCAAGCGGAAAGCACUACGGCCAGUUCACCUGCGAGGGCUGCAAAAGCUUCUUCAAGCGCAGCGUGCGCCGCAACCUGAGCUACACCUGCCGGGCCAGCCGAACCUGCCCCGUCGACCAGCACCACCGCAACCAGUGCCAAUACUGCCGUCUCAAGAAGUGCCUGAAAGUGGGCAUGCGGAGGGAAGCGGUGCAGAGAGGCCGCCUCCCCCCGGCACAGUCGUUUCACGGCCAGUUCUCUCUCAGCACGGGCGAGCCCUUACAGUGCCACUCUUACCUGUCAGGUUACAUCUCGCUGCUACUGCGGGCUGAGCCCUACGCAACGUCGCGCUUCGGCUCCCAGUGCCUGCCGGGCGGCGGCGCGGUGGGCAUUGAGAACAUCUGCGAGCUGGCGGCGCGCAUGUUGUUCAGCGCCGUGGAGUGGGCCCGCAACAUCCCGUUCUUCCCCGACCUGCAGGUGUCCGACCAGGUGGCUCUGCUGCGGCUUACCUGGAGCGAGCUGUUCGUGCUUAACGCGGCCCAGUGCGCCAUGCCGGUGCACGUGGCGCCACUGCUGGCCGCCGCCGGCCUGCACGCCGCUCCCAUGUCGGCCGAGCGCGUGGUGGCCUUCAUGGACCAUAUUCGCGUCUUCCAGGAGCAGGUGGAGAAGCUCAAGACGCUGCACGUGGACUCGGCGGAGUACACGUGCCUCAAGGCAGUCGUGCUGUUCACCACAGAUGCGUGCGGCCUGUCGGAUGCGGCGCACGUGGAGGGCCUGCAGGAGAAGUCGCAGUGCGCGCUCGAGGAGUACGUGCGCAGCCAGUACCCGAACCAACCGAGCCGCUUCGGCCGCCUGCUGCUGCGUCUGCCGUCCCUGCGCUCCGUGUCGUCGGCCGUCAUCGAGCAGCUGUUCUUCGUGCGCUUGGUGGGCAAGACGCCCAUCGAGACCCUCAUCCGCGACAUGCUGCUGUCGGGCGGCAGCUUCAACUGGCCUUACAUGCCCGUCCAGUAGCGCCCCCGUGUGGUGGGAGGGCGGCUGAGCUGAGGUCAAAUCUUCACCAGGACAAAUUUACCCAGCCCCAGACGUGAUGUGGCGUGGGGGGGGAAUAAUAUGGCCGCAAUAUAGAUAUAACAUGAGCACAAAAUGCUUAUUUGUGGCCACAAAAUACUGUUCUGAACACCUGCUAAUUUGCUUUUCACAAAUUCACCUAGACGUAUUUUUCUGUAGAACGUUUCUUUAGCUAUUUACUGAAAAACUCACCUAUUCGCGGCGGCCGUGUAUUUUGUGCUCUUUCUGUCAAGCCCGAGGAUGCCACGAAAUGGCGCCAAAGCCCUGGCUCGUGGACAAAUAGUAGUAAGUGGUAGAAAAUACAGUGAAUAAAUGCCUAUUGGCAGUAAUCGCUGAAAACACGUAUUUGCAGUUUUGGGGCUCUUUCUAAAACACGCUAAGAUGUCACUAGAUGGCAACAAAGCCCUGGCUAAUAGUAAAAUAGUAAUUGGUGUCAAGGAAGUAAAAUAUGUUGAAGUAUUACAUCCAAACAGUUCUCAGAUCUUUAUAUGUCUAGAGGAGCUUGGUUUAGCAUGGGUUGUUACUGAGAGUCUCUGCCGUUUGUCCAUGCACAGUAUAGGCGCACUUGCCGUGCAUUUGUUUUUCGGAAUAAAAUCAUCUGCAAGCCAUUUAUUUUGAAGGGUAAAGCUGUAGGAUGACUUUGAAAUGAUAUUAAAGUGUUUUGGGGUCAUAGUUCGUAAUACAGUUACAAUUUAAAAAAAUUAUUUUGGCAAGCUAAAAUCUUUUGGGAGGGGCAUCAGUUACUGAUGGUUUUCCUCAACUCUCAGCACGGCUCCAUUUUACUGUAAUUGAUGGCCACAAAAUAGGUAUAACGUACACACAAAAUACUAAUUUAUGGGUUUAAUAUCAUUCCCAACAACAUUUUACGUUAGAUUAUGGGGGUAAGCAAAUGGAGCAUACCUUCGCCUCUACGUUACAUUCUGCAGUAGAGAAGGUGCGUUUCAUUUGCUUACCCAAAUGUCCAGGAAAGAGAUUAAUUUUAUUUAUGUAUUUUGUGUGCACAAUUUACCUACUUCAUGGCCACAAGUUAACGAUUUGUGUGUGUGUGUGUGUGUGUGUGUGUGUGCGUGUGUGUGUGUGUGUGUGUGAGUGUGUGUGUGUGUGUGUGUGUGUGUGUGUGAAUGAUUUCUUUUCCCCCUCUGUCAUGUCUGUGGCUCCGUACAAACCUUUCCUUUUUUGAGAUUACUGGUCAUUUUUUUUUGCCGCGUCAUAAAAUAUGUAUUGCCCCCUGUGCGUGUAUAUUUAUCAUUGUUGUCAUUUUUGAAAAUGUUUUUAAAAAAACAGCAGGGCUUUUUCGUGAUAUUUUUUGCUGUGGUUUUGUCAAUAUUUCAUUUCAUUUUUUAAUUAUUUUUUAUUUUAAAACGACGUGGCACUUUUUUUUCCUUUUAUGGACUAAAAAAAAAAAUAACAAAAAAUUUCACGCAAAAAGCACGCACAAUCUUUACGCUCAUGUUAACUGUUAGUGCGACUGUCAACAAGAAUGCAUUAGGUAUAUCAGUAAUGUCAUUACUUUUUGAAAUAGCCAACGAAAAGCAAGCCGCUACAUAUUUUGUUACAUUCAUAUUUUUUAUUUAUUUAUAAUUGUGUUUUUAUUUACAUUGUUGUUGUUUUCACAAAACAUAGAAAUGACAAAAAAGUAAGCAAUUGGGAGAUACUUGCUUUUCAUUCUGCAGCGAUUUAUUAUUUUAACAGCAAUAUCAAUAUAUAUAUAUAUAUAUAUAUAUAUAUACAUUUUUUUUUUAAAACCUCAACCAAAUUUUGCCAUUUUGGCAAUCAACAAAACGCUAAAUUUGAAACGCAAACAUGCAAAAAAAUAAAAAUAAAAAAGAUAAAUAAAAUACAUUGAAAUUCGUAUUGGAUGUGGCCAAUAACAUUUCUCUUAUUUCACUGAAAAUAUUUGUUUUCAAUUAUCGGUCACAUGAACGAAGGAGAAAUUAUUAUUUUAUUGACAGUUACGAUAUGGCAGUAUAUGAAUUUCUUGUAUUGUAUUAUUAUUAUUAUUUCUUGUAAGAUGUGUAAAAAUGUUUGUCCACAGUCUUUUAAUUAUUUAAACAAAAACAAAGCAAUGGCAUUACUGUACGUGUUCGUCUUUUAAGUCUUUUCAAUUCAGUUAAUUCAAACAUCGGUUGCACACGAUCAAAAUAUGUCAAACUGUAAUACAGUAUAUUGUUAGAUUAUUUUCGAGGAAUAGAGGGAGAAAUAAUGUCAGUUUACCAAAAUUUUAAUCAUGUGCAACCGAAAAUGAAGUAGUUUUUUUUUCAGUGUGCGCGCGUGCGUGUUUGUGCUCUUUUUGGACAAGCACUGAUGUACUUACUGUGAAAGCAUAUUUCUACUGUGUUAAAUUAUAACUCAAGAUUUAUACAAGAAAAUAAUAAUGAUGAGAAUAAAGUGUAUUUGAUUGAUUUUGACACGUUCAAUUAGUCCUGUGCCCAUGUUUGUACGUGCAUGCAUGCGUGCGCGUGUACGUGUGUUUUUGUGCGUGUCUCUCCGCGCGUGUGUGUGGAGGCGUGUGUCAUUUAAAUAUUUCCAAUGGAUUUUUUAUUUUUUUAUAUAUUCAGUUAUUUGUAUAUAUGUAUAAUAAACAGAAAUGGAAACAUGGUGGAAUAAUAAUAUUAAAAUUUCAUUUUUAAUUGCUUUAUUUAUAUAUUUUAAAUUGUUUACAUGAAGUGAGUUUGAAUAAGGUUAAAUGGAAAUGAUAAUUAAUAUAAAUUUUACAUUUCAUUUGAACUUCCCUUAAUAAUAUUAACAGUUAAUACAUACACACACUCACGCUUAUUUCAUGGUUAUUGAUAAAAUAAGAAAUCCUGAAAACACAAAAAAAAAAAUGAAACUAUCACCACGUGUACGUUACUAUAUGCAAAAACGUAAAACGUUUUGUUUGAAGUUUUAUUUAAAACAAUAAUACGUGUUUUUUUUAAAUAAUAAUAAUAAUAAUAAUAAUGUUGACAACUCUAAAUUGCCCGUAGGUAUGAAUGUGAGUGCGAA